CCGGUCCGAGCCGUCGUCGCCACGGGCACGGCCUACUACAAACGCCAAGGCCGAACCGGGCACGGCAGCCGCAAGGCCUGCAGCGACCGAACCACCAGCACACGCACCACCGCGCCCGAGCCCCACCCACCACCACCGCACCGCAGCGUGCCGACGGGGAGGAGGGAGCGGGAGCGCCCCGGUGGGCCGGUCGUCGCGGACGGAGAUGAGGGGCGGAUCCAGACCGACCCCGGCCGCCGUGUUGCUCCUCGCCGCCGCCGGGAUCUGCGCCCAGUUCGCCGCAGUGCUAGCUGGUGAUUCCAGGGAUGAUAAGAAAGCUGAAGCUCAGCCGAAGGGCCAUACUGGCAAAACAGUUUUGUUCGCCCUCCUAGGUGUGGGGGCUGUCAUUCUGUUGUCAUUUUUCAUUUUCAAGUAUUGGCAGAAGAAGAAAAGGGAGGAACAACAUGCACGUCUGCUAAAGCUAUUUGAAGAGGACGAUGAUAUUGAAGUUGAGCUUGGUCUUAGAGAUUGAUAAUCUUCAAUGUACAGCAAGAGUAUCUUGGCUGACAAGGUAAUUCCUAGGGCACCAUAAAUUGUAGUAUGAAAAGCAUCACAAUCCUGGUACAGUUUCAUUUUCAAAUUUCAAAUACGAAUUUAUAAAAUUGUCCACAGGUUUUGCUGGCUGGCCCUCAAGCAUUUCCAUGUUAAUGUAAAGAAUUUGUUGUAUUUAAACUCGACAGACCUCCACAAGAAAGGUCUACUGUACUUUAGCUUUAUAUGGUGAACAUCUCUUUGUGCGGAUGCAUCAGAAUAGCUUUGAUGAGGAAGUAUUAAAGGUUUGGAGAACAUUCUUUUGUUUUUUAAAGUUUUCUCAAUAUACAUACGCAUCUACUAAGCAAUUCCUA